AUGGGAGCGGUUGUUGCCGGGACAUGCUGGCGUGGCAUGUUCGAGGAGCGCUUGAAAGACGCCAUCAAGCACGCGGAGGAGGCAGGAGGCAAGGUGAUCCUCUUCAUUGAUGAGUUGCACAUGAUUGUUGGAGCUGGCGAUAAAGGAGGCCCCAUGGACGCCGCCAAUAUCCUCAAGCCAGCAUUAGCCCGCGGCCGCAUCCGUUGUGUGGGUGCUACCACUUGCGAAGAGUACCACAGGUAUAUCCAGACGGACGCUGCACUUGAGCGCCGGUUCCAGAAGGUUGUCGUCGAGGAGCCAAGCGUGCAGGGCACCAUCACCAUCCUAAAAGGGCUGAAACAGCGGUACCAAGAGCACCAUGGCUUGAAAAUCCAGGACGAUGCUCUCGUUGCUGCAGCACAGCUCGCCGCCUGUUAUAUUACUGGUCGCCAGUUUCCUGACAAGGCGAUUGAUUUGAUUGACGAGGCAUGCUCUACUGCAAAGGUGCAUUUUGACAAGCAGAAAAUGGAGAAUAAUAUAAUUAGCUCUAUAUUUGCACCGAAGGAGUUAACUGUUGGCCCAGAUCAUGUCGCACAGGUUGUCAGUCGAUGCACUAGAAUCCCUCUCACCACACUUGGUCAAGAGGAGAAGGAGAAGUUAGUCCACCUAGCGGAAAAAUUGCAUGAGCAAGUCAUCGGUCAGGAUGAAGCGGUCAAUUUGGUUGCGCAAGCGGUGCUACGUUCUAGGGUUGGUUUUGGUCGAUCUAGCCGACCGAUAGGUUCAUUCCUCUUUUUGGGACCGCUUGGUGUUGGAAAAACAGAACUCGCAAAAGCUCUCGCCGAGAGGAUAUUUGACAAUGAGAAGGCGUUGAUCCGCUUUGAUAUGUCGGAAUAUGCUGAGAGUGGGUCUGUGUCGCGCCUCAUUGGGGGACCUCGAAGCUAUGAAGAAGGUGGACAACUUACCGAGAAAGUCAAGAGGUGCCCAUACAGCGUUGUCCUUUUCGACCAGGUGGAUAAGGCAGAUCCCUCAAUAUUCAAGGUUUUUAGCCAACUCCUUGAUGAUGGUACGCUGACUGAUGGCAAAGGACACGUCGUAGAUUUUAAAAACACUAUCAUCAUUAUGACCUCAACUCUAGGAGCAGAGCAGCUAACAACAAGAAUGGGCAUAGAAAACACAGUCAAAGCUGGACGAGGUCUUCUUAUGGAGCAGGUUCAGAAACGCUUGAAGCCUGAACUUAUUGACAGACUGAGUGAGGUUGUGAUAUUUGAGCCGCUUUCACACGACGAACUGAAGGAAAUAGUGAAAAUCCAGAUGAAGGAUGUCAUUGCCACAGUAGCUAACAAAGGUGUCUCUCUAUUUAUAACUGAUGCCGCGCUGGACGUCAUUUGGUCGGAAUCAUACCACCUGGUAAAUGGCGCAAGGCCCAUGAGGAGGUGGGUGGAGAAGAAUGUGACGACAGUUCUUUCAAACAUGCUGGUUAAUGGAGAAGCUUGUGAAGGCUCGACGAUCUCCAUCGAUGCUGCAGAUGUUAACAGGGGGCUGAGGUACCAUGUACUGAAGAAGCAGGGGAGCACAGACCCAUAA